GAAAAAGCACAUCUUGGGGACCCACUUGAGGUGAUGUGCUCUUGGCUGCCUAUUUCUUCCUCUUCCACCUGCAGACCGGGGCUCCAGUAGGAGCAGAGACAUCAGUCACCCUCUUUUCUUUGGGGGACGACACCUCUGGGGUCUCAGAGGAGCCAUGGAAGUCUUGGGGCUUCCCAGACUGGAAGUGAAUGGUCUCAUGGUGACAGUGGCCUUGUCUGUGGCUCUCAUGGCCCUCCUGAAAUGGUACUCCACGUCGGCAUUCUCGACACUGGAAAAGCUGGGCAUCAGACACCCCAAGCCUUCUCCUUUCAUUGGGAACUUGACCUUUUUCCACAAGGGUUUUUGGGAUGGCCAGCUGGAGCUCAGAAAACUAUAUGGAUCUCUAUGUGGGUACUAUCUUGGUCGUCGGAUGUAUAUCGUUAUUGCUGAGCCAAGCAUGAUCAAGCAGGUGUUAGUUGAGAACUUCAAUAACUUUGCCAACAGAAUGGUAUCAGGUUUGGAGCCCCAACCAGUAGCCAACAGCAUCCUCUGCUUGCGUGACAAAAGAUGGGAAGAGGUCAGAGGCAUCCUGACUUCUGUUUUCAGUCCUGAAAAGCUGAAUGAGAUGAUGCCACUCAUCAGCCAAGCCUGUGACCUCCUCCUGGCUCAUUUAAGACGCUGUGCAGAACUGGGGGAUGCCUGCGACAUCCAGAGGUACUACCAAGCAUUCGCCACAGAUGUGGUGGCAAGUGUGGCCUUCGGCACCCAAGUGGACUCGCAGAAGGACCCUGAGGACCCCUUCGUGCAGCACUGCAGGCGCUUCUUCACUUCCCGCAUCCCCAGGCCCCUCCUGGUCCUAAUCUUCUCGUUUCCAUCCAUUAUGGUCCCCCUGGCCCGGAUUCUACCCAAUAAGAACCGAGAUGAACUGAAUGGCUUUUUUACCAAACUCAUUAGGAGCAGGAUUGCCUUUCGGGACCAGCAAGCAGCAGAAGAGCGGCCCAGAGACUUCCUGCAGAUGGUGCUGGAUGCCCGGCACUCCCCCAGCUCCGCGGGUGUGGACAGCUUCGAUCUCGUCAGAGAAGCCCUGUCCUCUGCGGCGCGCACAGCGAACCCCUCGCCCCCAUGCCAGCCCGAGACCCCGACCCAGCCGCUCACUGUGGAUGAGAUCGUGGGCCAGGCCUUCCUGUUCCUCAUCGCCGGCCAUGAGAUCGUCGCCAACACGCUCUCCUUCGCCACCUACCUGCUGGCCACCAACCCGAGCUGCCAGGAGCGGCUUCUGAGAGAGGUGGACCUUUUCCAGGAGAAGCAGGUGGCCCCUGACUACCGCAGCCUCCAGGAAGGCCUGCCCUACCUGGACAUGGUGAUCGCUGAGACCCUGCGGAUGUACCCGCCAGCCUUCAGGUUCACACGGGAGGCGGCCCGGGACUGCAAGGUGCUGGGGCAGCACAUCCCCGCCGGUGCUGUGCUGGAGGUGGCUGUGGGCGCCCUGCACCACGACCCAGAGCUCUGGCCACAUCCUGACACCUUCAACCCUGAAAGGUUCACGGCUGAGGCACAACGGCAGCGGCAGCCCUUUACCUAUCUGCCAUUUGGUGCCGGGCCCCGCAGCUGCCUGGGGGUGCGGCUGGGGCUGCUGGAGGUCAAGCUGACACUGCUCCAGAUCCUGAGCCAGUUCCGCUUUGAUGCCUGCUCCCAGACUCAGGUACCUCUGCAGCUAGAAUCCACAUCUGCUUUAGGUCCCCGAAACAGCAUCUACAUCAAGCUCGUGCCGCGCUGAUGCAGCAGGAGCUGGGGAGAGCAGCAGGCUGUGCACAGUGUCAGUGCUGCAAGGGCUCCCAGGAUUCCUGGUGUGCUUGCAGCUAAGGGCGUACCGAUGAGACCUCUAAAUGCUUAAUAAACAUGUAUCACACUCAAUGUUGACGCUGCUAGUGACAUUGCCAUUGACCUAAGACAGGCAAAAUGGCCAAGAAUGUGUUUCUUAAAGUCCUGGCCUUAGGACAUUUGGGACACGCAG